CACAUUUAGGGAUCCCUUCAUUAGCACUGAAAGCCUCUCCGGUGCCUAUCUCUCCAUCUAGCAUGUGAUAUCUCCAGAGAGAAGCUUUAAUCUCUCCAAAGUUUAUUGGCAUUUCCCUAUAAUCCCUCUAGUCUUGUUUUGAAUCCUUUCAUUUGAUGACGAUCUCAAGUGUUUUCUGUUUUUCUUUGCAUUUGUGAUUCAAAUAGAGUAUUUAUGCAUCUCGAUCUCGAUUUCAUGGUGGUUUUCCCUGUCUUGUGAAUCCCAUGUCUCUCCCUUUAAGUUUUCUUGGUGUACUCCAUGCUAUUUUGUGUUUGAGUUCUUGAAAUCUAUUUUGUGUUAUUGAUCUUGAUUUUGUUUAUGGAUUGAUGAAUGGGGAUGAAAAUUUUCUUGGAGGGGUGGCUAGUGUCAAAGGAGUGAAGGACUUGGAUCGGGAUGCCGCGAAGAAACGUUUCUUUGAGAUUUAUCUUGAUAAGUAUGUUAAACCCAACUUUGGCAUUGGACUUCCGAGUGCAUUGGAGUUAAUCAAGGAGUGCAAAAAAAGAGGGCUUAAGGUGGUUGUAGCUUCUAGUGCGAAUAGGAUCAAGUUUGAUGCCAACUUGGCUGCGGCUGGUGUGGAUUCAUCUUUAUUCGAUGCAAUUGUGUCAGCUGAUGCUUUUGAAAAUCUGAAACUUGAUCCAGAUAUUUUCCUUCCGGCCUCUAAGAGCUUAAAUGUACCCACUCAUGAGCUGAAUUAGGGGAAGUCAAAGUUUCUAGGCAACCAGAACUCCAGUAUUGGAAAUGGGGCGAGAGCGUGUUGCAUCAUUUAUUUAUUCUGAUUCUAGGCGAAAUACUGCUUCUGUGACUCCAUCAUCUUUCCGUCCAUCUACUGGAAAAGUACCUCUAAACCUCCGGUGAACUACGAGCUCAGGGUCUCACUCUUCAGCUGCUCAUGUGCAUACAGGUUCUCGAGGCUCCUCGCAACAAGUUGAUACACGAGCCUUUAUUCCAAAAUAUUUCUCACCUUCGAACAAUGAGGUUCUACCUACUGACGAGACCCCAAUGGUGUUCAAAUGAAUACUGAAGAUGAUUCUGACUCAGAAACAGAUGAAUCUCCUCAAGAGAAUACAAAGGCACAUGAUGGUGGCACAAUGCAGAAAUCCUUCAUCAUCCAGUCAAGCCUACACUAAGAUCAUUUAUUUAUUAUUUUAUU